AUGCUGUUAAGACUGUAUCGCUUUAUAUUGACAAAAUGCAAAUUACUAGCCCAGCGGUUCUUCAUUCUUUGGGGGGCCAUUCUUCAGCCUAACGCCCGCUUCCCCUUGUCACCCGACGAGAUCGACGACCAAUGUCAGGAAUUCAUUGACUCGAUCGAUGAAGAUGCAGUCUGUGCACUGGCUUCUCGCUAUAACAACCAAAAGCCAUGCCGUAUCGCCUCCCGUCCUGCCAGCGGUAGUUUUAACGCUUGUUUUUUCGUUGAAUUUUUCACAGAGAACAAAACGUGGGUCGUGAGGAUUCCCAUUGAGCCAGCUAUAAAGGAUACAUGGUCCAAGGUUCAGAGCGAGGUGGCUACAAUGCAAUACGUACAACGUCACACAAGCAUCCCCAUUCCUCGCAUCUAUGCACAUGGGCGAAAUGCCAAACUAAUCAAGAACAGCGCCGUAACGCAAGCAUUCCUGAUUCUUGAAUAUAUUCCCGGCCGCUCUCUCGAGAUUCAAGAUCUCAUCGAUAGCGCUGAAAUGCGCCGGAAGAGCUUCUACGCAGAACUCAUCAAAGUCCUUAGCGAAUUGCGAAAGUUAGAGUUCCCAAUAGCAGGGUCAUUAAUGCCAGAUCCAAAAGGCGGCCCAGAACCUGUUGUUAGCAAUACGCUGUCUAUGGCUUUAAAUGAGCUGGAGGUUAGCAGCCCAAGUCAGGUAGUCCGAUCAAACUUUACAUCGACGACCCAUUUUGUCCAUCACCAGUUCGACAUAUUGAUGGAAACAUAUCGGUUGCCAGCAGUGUCAUUGUCCCGUGAGACUGCAGAGCUUGAAACCUUCGCAUUGGAUAGUCUCGGACAACAUAUUCACCAAUUUUUUGGUGACAAACACAAUGAUAGCCCGUACCUUCUUGCCCAUGCAGAUCUACGAUGCUCUAACAUUAUCAUUGACGAUGAGCUUCACAUCCAAGCCGUCAUCGACUGGGACUGGGCAAAUGUCGUCCCUAGAAAGCUAUUCACACUACCGCCAUGGAUCACUGGUCAUGACCUUGAUGCGAUAGCAUACGUUCCGCAUCGCAUGAUCAUGACAGACUUUUCCGAUGUUCUGCGAGCGAAGCAGAAGGAUUCCGGUUAUUGCAGAGAGGCUCUGGAAGAGCUAAAUAUUCAAGAGAAUUUGGCACUUCCCUUGGCACAAAUCUUGCGACAUCCAUCAUGUCUUAUUCGCGUCUAUUACAAGUUCAUAUUUCCCAAACUUUUUAGGGACUCUCGCAGCGCAAUAAUUUCGAGCUAUUUUCAACGCAACAAGACGAAAGCGAUGAGCGUGCGGCAGCGGCUGUAUGAGUCCGUGCAAUACACCAAGUACCUACGGGAGAAGGGCGUGCUGCGUCCUGAUAAGAACAUCACCUCGACAACAAAUGAUAUUGAAGCUUGGCUUGCUAAGGCGCGCGCUAUCAAGCAGCAAUAG